AUGGUUGUCCCGGCCUUGGCCGGCUUGAUAUGUCCGCCUCCCGUUGGCCCCCUACCGACUCGAUCCGCAUCAAAUUGGGCUUCACCAGUCCGGGCCUAUUGUUGUACCCGGGCCUCACUUAUUGGUGGCCCUCGCCCCCCUCCCCGCCUUGUUGCACUUGCUUAUACAAAUCUCGAUGCUUCGCUCUCGCUAGCCGCCGUCCCUCCCGCUUCGCUCGGUCCCUCACUUCGUCGAGCUAGUAGCUUCCACGGUAUGGUUUCGGUCUACUUGAUUGUUUGUGUGGGCUCGGCUUCGGUUUGGUUAGGUUUAGGUGGUAUUGGCUUUGGUCCGGUUCGUCGAGCUCCUUACGCUCUCUCGGUUAAUUUGUUUUUUGGGUACUAUCCCUCAGUUGUUUUGCCUCCGGUUGUCUCUACCUUGGCUAGCUCGAUUAGUCCGCCUUCUCUUGUUCUUCUAACUCGCCGCACUGCUUCGGAUGCUCGCUUUGUGUUGGCUCCCCCAACCCCCUCCCCCGUGGCUUUUCCGCCCGGCCUUGACCCUCUGCCUCGCCUUUUGCUUACGCUCCCGCUAGCCGUUGUCCAUCUCUUAUCAUGCGGUCUCUUCUUUCGUCCAGCUUUGUGGAUAGCCGAGCCCCGCCGCCCUUUGCUCCGUGAGCCGCCUGUGCGGUCAAGCCGAGUUGUAGCCGCUGGCCCCGCUAGCCCCUAUUCCUGCUAUCGUCGUUAA